UGUGUUGACUUGAGCUUUAUCAUAUCUCAAUUUCUCACAACCGUAGCUGAGUGUCGCGUUCAGCAUUUAGCUAGAACUUCUAAUUUGUGAUACAAUUUGCAAAGCAAGAGAAGGAAUGGCCUUGGGUAUGGUCGGAGAGGCACUUAUCUCUGCUUCUGUUGAGAUCUUAAUAGACAAAAUAGCCUCUGGUGAGUUUAGAGAUUUGUUUGCCAACAGGAAACUGAAAGUUUCUCUCUUGGAUGAGUUGAAGACAAAGCUGCUGGCACUUAAUGCUGUGCUCAAUGAUGCAGAAGAGAAGCAGAUCAAUGAUGUUGCUGUGAAGGCUUGGCUUGAUGAAUUGAAGAAUGCUGUCUUCGAUGCUGAGGAUUUACUGGAUGAAAUCAACACUGACUCUCUGAGAUGCAAGGUGAUGGGAGGAUCAAAGAAGUUCACCACCCAGGUGAGAUUCUCGCUUUCUUCUCCUUUUAAUCAAUUCUAUAGGAGAAUGAAUUCCAAGCUUGAAGCAAUAUCUGUAAGGCUAGAGUACUUUGUGAGACAGAAAGAUAUUCUUGGCUUGCAAAGUGUUUCUAGGAGAGUCUCUUUUGGAACAAUUACAGAUUCAUUGGUUGAAUCUGAGGUGGUUGCUAGAGAUGAAGACAAAGAGAGGCUAUUGAACAUGCUUCUAUUUGAUGAUGAUGAUGAUUCAGUGUCUAAUAAUAAUCCAGGGGUGAUCACAAUAUUGGGUAUGGGAGGUCUUGGCAAAACAACCCUUGCUCAAUUCCUGUACAAUAACAGCAAAGUGCAGAAACAUUUUGAUCUGAAAGCUUGGGCGUGUGUAUCUAAUGACUUCGAUGUUUUCAGGAUAACAAAGAACCUUGUUGAGUCUUUCACGUCCAAAGUCUGUAAUAGUACUAAUCUCGAUGUUCUCCGUGUUGAAUUAAAGAACAGCAUAAAAGAUAAAAAACUUUUGCUUGUUCUUGAUGACUUUUGGAAUGAAAAGUACAGUGAUUGGCAUCACCUGAUAAGUCCUUUUAGCAGUGGUAGAAAGGGAAGUAAGAUUAUUGUGACAACCCGACAACCCAGAGUUGCAGAGUUCACACAUACUAAUAAUUUUCCCAUCUAUGAGUUGAAACUUCUAACAGAUGAAGAUUGUUGGUGCAUACUUGCCAAACAUGCAUUUGGAAAUGAAGGUUAUGGAAAAUAUCCAAUCCUGGAGGAAAUUGGAAGGAAAAUUGCAAAAAAAUGUAGUGGUCUACCAUUAGCUGCCAAAACAUUGGGAGGUCUUUUGCGAUCAAAUGUAGAUGCAAAGGAAUGGAAUAGAAUUUUGGAGAGUAAUUUAUGGACACAUGACGAUGUUUUACCAGCUUUGCUCAUUAGUUAUCUUUAUCUUCCAGCACAUUUGAAAAGAUGUUUUGCUUAUUGCUCAAUUUUUCCUAAACAACAUUUGCUGGAUAAGGAGUUGAUUUUGCUAUGGAUGGCAGAAGGCUUUCUACAACAAUCCUAUGGAGAGAAAGCAAUGGAAUUAGUAGGCAAUGAUUGCUUUAAUGAAUUAUUGUCCAGAUCCUUCAUUCAAAAGGAUGUCAUUAAGGAAAAUUUUCGUAUGCAUGAGUUGGUGUAUGAUUUAGCUAGACUUGUGUCUGGAAAAAGUUCUUGCUGCUUUGAAGACAAUGAAAUCCAAAAAAUGGUCCGUUAUUUAUCAUUUCCAAGAGACAAGUAUGAUGUCUCCAAAAAAUUUGAGAGCUUUCAUGACAUCAGAUCUUUGAGGACCUUUCUGCCACGAUCUCUGCAUCAAUUGGAUUGUUACUUAACCAUAAAUGUGUUACAUGAUUUGUUGCCAAAACUAACACGCUUGCGAAUAUUGUCGUUGUCAAGAUACAAAAAUAUCACUAAGUUGCCAGAUUCAAUUGGCAAUUUGGUGCACUUGCGGUAUCUCAACCUUUCGUUCACUUCCAUUAGAAGGUUACCUGCAGAAACCUUUACUCUCUACAAUUUGCAGACCUUGUUAUUAUCACAUUGUGAAUUUCUUGAUCAGUUGCCGCGACAAAUAGGAAAUCUGGUUAAUUUACGCCAUCUUGAUGUUAGUGAGACUAAUUUGGAGGAGAUGCCAGCCCAAAUCUCCAGGCUACAAAAUCUUCGUAGUUUGAGUACUUUUGUUGUUGGCAAACAAAAAGAUGGAUUAAGGAUUCUAGAGUUAAGGAAAUUACCUUAUUUGCAGGGUAGGCUUUGUAUUUUAAAGCUACAAAAUGUCGUUGAUCCAAUGGAUGCAUUUCUGGCCAACUUAAAGAUCAAAGAGCAUAUUGAGGAGGUUAUGCUUGAGUGGAGCAGUGAGCCACAAGAUUCAGAAAUUGGAAGAGCUGUACUUGAAAACCUGCAACCGUCAGCAAAUUUAAAGAAACUCAAAAUCAGAUAUUUUGGUGGUGCUAGCUUUCCAAAUUGGAUAGGAGAACCUUCAUUUUCAAACAUCACAGUCCUUGGUAUCAGUGAUUGCAAUUAUUGCUUGUCACUCCCAGCAUUUGGACAACUACCAGCCCUCAAGGAACUUAUCAUUAAAAGGAUGAAAAUGGUGAAGACAGUUGGUCACGAGUUUUAUUGCAGCAAUCUAGGCUCCCCUUUGUUUCAACCAUUUCCAUCACUGGAGAGUCUUGAAUUUGAAGAUAUGUCAAACUGGCAAGAAUGGCUACAAUUUGAAGGAGAAGGUGUCAACUUUCCUUUCCCUAGCCUUAAGAGUUUGAGUUUAUGCAAGUGUCGUAUACUAAGAGGAAACUUGCCAAGCCAUUUACCCUCAUUAAAAGCUGUUCAUAUCUUGGAGUGCAACCAGCUAGAGGCAAAAUCAUCUAAUCUGCAUUGGAACUCAUCGGUUGAAGUAACACAUAUUAGAGAAGGGGGAGAGGGAUUGUUAUCUUUGCUUGACAACUUUUCUUAUUCUGAACUAUCAAUUGAAAAGUGUGACAGCUUGCAGUCUUUGCCUAGAAUGAUUCUUGGUGCCAAUUGUCUUCAAGGCUUGACUCUUAAAAUCAUCCCAUCUUUGAUUUCCUUCCCAGCUGAUGGUUUGCCCACCUCAUUGCAAUCCCUUGAAAUUUGGGACUGUGAGAAGUUAGAGUUUCUACCUUGUGAAACAUUGCACAAAUACACUUCACUUGAAAGGCUAGGAAUUUGGAAUAGCUGUCAUUCCCUAACCUCUUUUCCAUUAGGUUGUUUCCCUUCCCUUCAAGAGCUUUAUAUAUGUUUUUGUCCCAAGUUGGAAGCAAUCACUACUCAUGAUGGGGGGUCUGCUCCUAAAUUAGUUGACUUCAAUGUCAACGACUGUGUGAAACUUAAGGCACUGCCAGAACAGAUAGCUCUCCCUUCCCUUCAACACUUGGGCCUUUCUGGGCUUUCAGAGCUAGCAUCAUUGUCCCCAAGCUGUUUUCCUUCAAGUUUACGAUCACUCUCUAUUGAUCUUGGAAUGCUGUCAUCUAUGUCUAAACAUGAGAUAGGUUUCCAGUUCCAACGUCUCACUUCUCUUUCACAUCUUUAUUUUCUUGGUUUUGGAGAUCAAGAUCUUGUGAACAUGCUGCUGAGAGAGCGGUUACUACCUACUUCCCUUGUGUUUCUAGGCAUAUACCAUUUUGGUGGCUUGAAGUUCUUGGAAGGAAAUGGACUUCAACAUCUCACUUCUCUCCACCAGCUCCACAUUGACCAUUGUCCAAACCUUGUUUCCUUGCCAGAAGAUCAAUUGCCAUCUUCUCUUGCAGUACUGAAUAUGGAGAAGUGUCCCUUACUAGAAGCAAGGUAUCAAAAUCGAAAAGGGAAGUAUUGGUCUAAGAUUGCUCACAUUCCGGCCAUUAAAAUGAAUGAACAAGUUAUAAUGAGUUAACAAAUGUAGAGGAAUCGUCCAAAGGUCAGAGAUUUCAAUGAUGUUAAUGUUCUUAGAUGCAUAACGUAAAGUAUACGCUUUAUUUUAUCCUUUUUCACAUUCCAUGAAGAAUUAUGAUUCAUUU